CGCUUUUUUGUUUGGUUCUAUUUGUUUGAUCUGGAUUUUUUCAUUGAUACUUACACUCACAUUAGCUUUUUGUCUUUUAUGAGAUUUUAUCGAUGAUUUUCCGCUGCAUAUUAUUGGCAACGAGUAGCACGAUUUUAUUCCGCAACACGCGUAUACAACAUUUUUAUAUUGUUGUAAUCCAAAUUGAAUUACAAAAAAUUAAUCUUUUUAAAAAAAUGCAACUAUAUUCGGAUCGCGAAUAUUUUUUUGUGCGCUAUACGUUUCUAAUUGUCGAUCAAAAGAAGAAAUUUAUCACAAUAACAUGGAAGAUUUUUACCGAAUUAAUGCUAUAAGUAUCAUUAUGAAAAGAAAAUCGAAUGAAUUUGCGUAUUUACUUUGCGACUAGUGUCGAUAAAGCAGUUGGGUCAUCAAACAGGCGCCCACAUCAGUGAUCAGAGUAGAUUCGCGCGAUGCAUUUUCGCACGCGCAGAUGAUAGCAGACAGCCUGCAAAAGAGUCGAUCGCAGCGCCGACGUCGCGUGGAACCGCGAUGGCCGCAGCAGCAGCCGCCUUCUAAGUUCUAUUCGCUCUUCAUAGUCCUGACUCCUGUAUAUGGCAGAGCUGAUGGCUGGGUAGAGAGAGAUCGCACGAAAGUACACACACGCAUUUCGGCUUUCUCUCCGUUCUCGUCGGUCUCUCCCACGGACUUGGCCAGGACACGGUGCUGCAGCUCUUGUACCCCGGUCACCUGCGACGUUUCAUGUUACUCAACGGGACGGUUCUCCGCGUUGUUGUCGCCGUUUGCCCGCUUUCUCGACAUCCACGUAGGGUAUACUCUGCGCGUAGUCGCGCGCUCCUACAAGCGAGAAGCGCACAAAAGCUCGCACUUUGCCUGUAAAUGAGGUAAAACGACGACUCCUGGGCUCGCUUCGCUGCUCGUCCACGACGAGGAUUCUGGUGAGCAGCAGCUACGACGCUUCGUUGCAUUUUGACUUGUCGGCGUGACGGACUGUGAGGAAAAACGACCAAGUGCACUACUGCUGUUCCUGCUGCACUCGAGGCACCGUUCACAAUGGCGGAGACGAAUGGAUCCGCCAAUUUGAAUACGAAAAAUGGAAAUUUCAUCUGCGGCGUUGUCGAAGGAUUUUACGGUCGACCAUGGACCACUGAGCAGCGAAAGGAUUUGUUUAGAAAGCUUAAGAAAUGGGGGAUGGAUUCGUACUUGUAUGCUCCAAAAGAUGAUUACAAGCACAGGGCUUACUGGCGAGAUUUAUACACAGUAGAGGAGGCCGAACAUUUAACUGGACUGAUCACUGCCGCUAGGGAAUCUGGAAUAACGUUCUAUUAUGCUCUCUCGCCUGGUCUCGAUAUAACUUAUUCCAGUAUCAAAGAGGUUACAGCGUUGAAGAGGAAAUUGGAGCAAGUCAGUCAGUUUGGUUGUCAAGCAUUUGCGUUACUUUUUGACGACAUUGAACCAGAAAUGAGCGAAGCCGAUAAGGAGGUGUUUCAGUCUUUUGCACAUGCCCAGGUAUCCGUGACCAAUGAUAUUUUCCAACAUCUUGGUCAACCUCGCUUUCUUUUAUGUCCAACACAAUACUGCGCAACCCGAGCAAUGCCUAACGUUUCCAGCUCAGAGUAUUUGAACACUUUAGGAAGUAAAUUAGCACAAGAAAUAGAUAUAAUGUGGACUGGCCCAAAAGUAAUCUCCAGACUGCUGACAGUUGAAUCCAUUGAAGAGAUUACAGAAGUGUUGAGGCGACCCCCAGUUAUUUGGGAUAAUUUGCAUGCAAAUGAUUAUGAUCAGAAGCGAGUUUUUCUUGGACCCUAUUCUGGUCGAUCCCCAGACCUGAUACCAAAACUUAGAGGAGUUUUGACAAACCCUAAUUGUGAAUACGGUGCAAAUUUUAUAGCGAUUCAUACUUUAGCUCAAUGGAGCAGGUGUAAUGUAGAUGGAAAACGGGAUCUCAGUUUGAAUGAUACUGUUUCCGCGGACAUAAAGCUGGAAACGGAGACGGAGGACGGUGUAGUGGGUGAGGACGUGCCGUCGACGCUGUCGCCCAACAUGUACCAUCCCCGGCGCGCGCUCAAGAACGCCAUACACGAGUGGCUGCCGGAGUUCAACAAGAAGCGCACGGCUUUUGGUGUGAUAGCCAAACCGCAGCCUUGUGUCGCCCCGACGAUACCCAUACCGAUCAUACCAUCGGUGAACACCUGCAUGAGUCUGACAUCGUCUACCUCCACGACGACUACAGCUGCAGUGGCGGUGCCUAGUAUUCCGGUUCCUGUCACCGUAACCUCCCAUAACUCGAAUCACCUACAGGCUCUCGCCGAGGUCUGUUCGAGCGUAAUCGGCAGUGAGGGUUUCCCACCUCCGCCGGGCACUGGACCUGUUAUGAACUCCCUGGUCUCCGAUACCAAGGUCGUCAGUGAACCCGUUGCUUUACCUGCAGUAGUGGCCUCAGCAGUAGCAGGAAGUCUGGGUCCGCCUACUGUAACCAUUGCGCCAUCCUCAACUGAACCUAUGGAUUGUAAUACUACGCCAACCAAUUCGCCAGCGCAUCAGUCUAAAACGCCCGCACAGGACGACGAGGUUAUGGUGGAAAAUACUUCUACUUGUAGUGGAGCAUCCGGUAGCAUGCAGAUCGAGCUGGAUGGUCACCCAACUGUGGUAAAUGGCACUCAGAUGAUUGUCGAGCAGGAUGUUAUGCAUCAUGAAAACCAUCAGGAUCAUGUAGGGUCGGACAACGUAGAUGAACCUGACGAAUAUUCCCUAAACAUGAAGGACGUUGACAAGCAACUAACGACUGAGGACCUCUCGCUUCUCUGCGACCUGUUUUAUCUGCCGUUUGAACACGGUGGGCAAGGUAUACAGCUCUUACAGGAAUUCAACUGGCUCAAAAGUAAUGCCCAUAUUGUCAUGCACAAAGCCAAAGCUGACGAGCUCAAUUCCAAAGCAGAUAUUGAGGAAUGGCAUGCUCGAGCGGCGAAAAUGAACGACAUGUGUAACGCUGUUAAUCGGCUGUUACAGCGGUUAACGUAUUGCAAUAAUAGAGAAUUACUUUAUGAUCUUUAUUCUUAUGUUUGGGAUAUGCGCGGAGUCGUAUCGCUAUUAAAUAGUUAUGUAAAGUGGCUCGCAUUUGGCAGAUUUCCAGCAACGAUGACUACGUUUACCCAAGGCAGCUACACAUGGUUUUCAAAUGGUUGGAAAGAGACUUUUAUGAGCGGAGAUCAAGAACCGUGGGUUUUUAGAGGUGGCCUUACAGCCGAUUUGCAGCGAUUAAUUCCCGUAGACAGUGGAAACGAUUUAUUUGUAUAUAAAGCACCUGAAGUGCCUAGCAGUAAAAUUUAUACAAUUCGCCCAUAUCUACCUAGUGAUGAAGAAGCUGUGUAUUCAGUAUGCAAUCAAAUUCAUAAUUGCAGUACCACUUCUGCUGUGGCAGAUAGAAUGGUUGGAGGCUUCCUAACGUUGAGUCCAGAAUUGUGUAUGGUUGUGGAAGACGAGACUGGUAUUGUUGGAUAUGGUCUAACCACCUUGAACGUCAAAACGUACAAUCAAAAGCUAGCAGUAUCUUGGAUAUCUGAAAUGCAGUUAAAGUAUCCCUUGCAAAGUUUGACUAGUGAUAUGUCUCAAGAUGAACAGGAGGCCAUACAAUAUUUUCAUACAUUUGUACCUGAUGUGCCUGAGCAAUUAUGUCGGCAACAUCCGUCAAAACUGGUUUGUUCAAUUUUACCAGUAGUUGCGGACCAGUCAGUCCCUAAACGACUCAUCACGUGUAUUUUAGCUGCUCUGAGAGCAAAUGGUUCUUUUGGAGUACAUGCAACAAUGUCAGUAACUGACAAAGAUGCUCGAGAAUUUUUCGUUAGACUUGGUUUUGUCGAUUUGAUACCACCUUUAGAAGACAGUUCAACAACCACAACAAUGUGCCGAAGUUUCUAACAGCGGGCAAAUACUUCGAUUAUAAUUAUCAACAAAAUUUACGUAUUAGGACCAGUUCAGAAAGCAAAUACUUGAGAAAGAGAAAACUCCAUAACAUUUUUUGCGACGUAAAUUUUUAUGUGUGUAUUUAUCAUUACUUUCAGUACAUAUAUCGUGUCGAUUUUUUUAUGAUGUUUAAUAUAAAUCAUCUAAUAUUUUGUACACACGUUAUUGGUGCAAAUUCAAUUCUACAGAAAAUGAUCUAUUCUAUAAGUUAGAAAGUUAAAAGAAUUUUUUAUUCGUAUAUACGGAAACUGUACAUAUACAUUGUAUCAAAGUAUAUGGAUUAUGAUAAAUCGGCUUGGUUAUAUCAAGACAGAAAAAAAAACAAAAAGUAUAGUGCAAUAAUAUGCAUUUUCUUUAAAAUGUCUGCUAUUAAAAUUUAAGAAUUCUGUAUCUACUUACUGCGCAUAUUUGUAUGCUGCUUAAUGCGUUGAACGCAUUGUCUAUUGUACAACAGCUAUACUAAGCAACGGAUUCGGUAUGAUUACAAAAGGUUGAUUUUAUCUUUUUAUAGUGAGUUUGAAUUGUUUAUUAUUUUAUUCAAAUAGGAUUCAAAAUAAAUAUACGUUUCCAUGGAAUAAACUAAAACUGUUUGAAAGUAAAAAAAAAAUUAGUGAUAUUAGCAUUAAUAAUUACAUCUUAGAACGUGCCACAGACCGAUCGGGUCUCUAUUAUUAGUGCAUGAUUCUGAUUGGAGCAUUUAUUUGGAAUAAAAUGUUCUUUCGUUUUGUAGACAAAUCGUUUUAAUAAAUUUGGAAAAUACGCACAUAAACCUGCUAUUUUCAAUUAUUAGUAUUCCAUAGGCAGUAAUGUUAAGUAUAGGAUAAGUACUAAUUGAAUUAACUGCUUCAAUAUUUAAGAAAGCUUGAAGUUUUUAACUACGUUAACAAUAAUUGUAAAGAUGUAUUGUAAAUGCUCCAAAGUGUUCUUCACAUAUUUGCAAUUUUCCAGCGUACAAUUAAAAAUGAUUUAAUUUAUAAUCUUUCAAACGUUGGUUAACAAGCACAUUUAAAGAAAUGUCUGCUAAAGCAGUACAAUUGUAUAAAAACAAUUAUAACUAAGACCGAACACAAGCAUGAAAAAAUGUAACAUGUAAAAAAGUAUACAGCAUUUAGCUGCCGCGAAUUUUGUACGGUGCAUCACACUUAUUAACGGUACAUAAUUCGGUAUGUAUAACUUAACUAUGCUGUCAUAUAAGCCAUCAUGUUGCCUAUAAGGUUUAGGCAAAUAUUGUUUUUAUUGUUUAUAAAAAUAUAUCAUGUGCUUAUCUAACAUUCUAAUGGUAGGGCAAAAGGUCUUCAUUGUAAAGUCCAUGUCAUACAAUAUCCUUUUUCGCUUAGCUGUAAAAAUCUCAUCCAAAAUUAUGUAAGCGAUUUUUAUACUCUUGUGGCUUUAUUAAAACUAUUUUUUAGAUGUUUUCUGAUUCUAUUUUAUCUGUUGAAAUAAAAUGAUUUUUUUAAUAA